AGUUAAGUCCAGCUCCAUCCUUUUAGCAACUCGUCAUGAGUUACUCUUUUAUUUUAUUAUACAGAAAUUCUGGUAGCUCUACAGUCUAAGUAUGUUGGAAUGCGACCACUCAGCAUGCCCCCUGCCAGGACUUUUGUCCAGACGGCCACCAUGUCCUGCCUGCCUUUGUGGAAUUGCUUCCUGUCUGUCUCAGCCUUGUCUUAUUUCGGUCUGUUCCCUGCACAGAUGACAGUGACCCUUUAGCUCUUUGCAUUAAUCUUGUGUGCACAGUCUGAUGGAACUCCUGGUCACAUCUUUGCAGUGGUUGGUGUAACCUGUCAAGACCAUGCGAGGUGUGGGCUUUUACCCACCUGGGAGCUACAGGUGCAGCUGCCCCUGUGCCCCGGGACUCCGGGUCAGUGACAGAGGAUGCUGUGACCGUAGCAGCAGCAGCAGCCGGAGCUGUGUGUUGGUGUCCGCUGUCCUUGUCCCCGGGUUCCUGACCUGUGACGGGGACCAGCUCACGCAGCGGCUGCCGCAGGGGAGAACAUGGAGCUUGGAGUCGCAUCACUUUACAAGGAGUGGAAGGAAGCCUGCUGUGUGCAGGGGGAGACAUCACGUCGUAUCUCAAGUAUGAAAGAUGCAGGAGUUGGGCAGAAGCAGUGGAGGGGUCCCCCGACAUCCACCUGCCAGCAGUGCCCGGGGGUCUCUACCAGCCCCGUCUGUGGUUCAGAUGGACAUACCUACUCUGCUCAGUGCAAACUAGAAUACCAGGCAUGCAUCUUAGGAAAACAGAUCUCAGUCAAGUGUGAAGGACGUUGCCCAUGUCCUUCAGAUACGACCAUGGGCUCAAGCAGGAAUAUGAAGAGAGCCUGCAGUGACCUGGAGCUCAGGGAGAUGGCCAGCAGACUGCGGGACUGGUUCAAGGCCCUGCAUGAGAGUGGGAGCCAGAACAAGAAGACGAAAGCAUCGCUGCGGCCGGAGAGAAGCAGAUUUGAUACCAGUAUUUUGCCAAUUUGCAAGGAUUCACUCGGCUGGAUGUUUAACAGACUUGAUACAAACUACGACCUGCUCCUGGACCAGUCGGAGCUUGGGAGCAUUUACCUGGACAAGAACGAGCGGUGCACGGAGGCCUUCUUCAGCUCCUGUGACACGUACAAGGACAGCUCCAUCUCCAACAACGAGUGGUGCUACUGCUUCCAGAGGCAACAAGACCCACCUUGCCAGACGGAGCUCGGCAGUAUUCAGAAGCGGCUCGGGGUGAAGAAGCUCCUCGGACAGUACGUCCCCCAGUGCGACGCAGAUGGUUACUACAGGCCGACGCAGUGCCACGGCAGCGCUGGGCAGUGCUGGUGCGUGGACCGAUUCGGAAGGGAAGUCGCGGGGUCCAGGCGGCGCGGUGCUGCAGACUGUGCUAUUGAUUUUGAGAUCUCUGGAGAUUUUGCAAGUGGAGAUUUCCGUGAAUGGGCUGCUGAUGACGAUGAAGAUGACAUUAUGAACGAUGAAGAUGAAAUUGAAGAUGAUGAUGAGGAUGAAGGGGAUGAUGAUGAUGGUGGUGACCAGGAUGGAUACAUCUGAUGGAUGAGAGCUGAGAGCAACAAAUUCUACGUUUCUUUUACUUACCAAGUGAUCCCCUACUGAGGAGUACCUUCUUGCCCCAAAACAAAAUGAUUCUAAAACUCACUUAUAUUUUGUAUAAUUAUUUCAAAUAUUGCAACUAGAGUCAUAGAACUUUAUGUUUAGAGAAGUAUCAUUUACUUUGAGUUUUUAUAUGAAAAAGAGAACACAUAUGGAGUCCAGCCAGACAAGAGAAAGUUAUGCAGAGCUACUGAUCUAUGUGAGCCUGCCACAAACAAAACAACCAGUGCUUGAGGUCAUAUGUGAUAUUUUUCUGGGAGAAAUUCUAAGGUGAAUCUACAAUAACAUACUAGUGACCUGGAUUCUAAGGAU